GUGACCAAAGACAAUUUUUGUAAUCUGGCAAAAUCUUUUUUGUUUGUAGGUUAUGUUAUAAAAUGGUAAAUUGUCAAAAUUUAUGUUGAAUAUUUUCCUGGAAUUUAUUCAUUGUUCUUAGACAUGGAGUGGACGUGAAGUUGUCGUUCAGUGAAUGAGAAGUGAGAUCGCGAAUAAGCGCAGAUUAUUUCCUACUAAAUGGCUGUGUAAUCUCGAGUGUCACUUGACAUUGAAUUGAAAUGUGAACACGAAACUACGAAGUCAAUACGCAUUGCUCGUUUCCAAAGUUAUCCGAUACGCAAAAUAGCGUACUGGACUGCAAAGAAAUUUGUGUAUCUGUUUGUCAAAAGAGUUUACCAAAAGCACAAAAUGACUGGUACUAUGAGUCAGUUAUCAGUGUUGAAACUGUACAACACAGUAGUGGACGACGUGAUAGCUGGCGUUCGAGACUGUUUCUUGGAUGAUGGUGUAGAUGAACAGGUGCUUCAGGAACUAAAGCAACUAUGGAAAACCAAAUUGCAAGCCAGCGGCGCGAUGGACCCCCCGGCGCUAGAACCAACUAUGCCUCCGCCGCCAGUGUUACAAAAUUUCCAAAAAGCUAACGGAAGUAAUAUUAUUCCUAAACGAAGCAUCGACUCUCAUAUGGCCCAAGGCACAAGUCAGAACUCUGGUGUUGAACAUGGUGCUCCAUCCUCCAACAUCGCUGGUACACAUCCACAUCACAUACUCGAUCCAAACAAUAAAGUGCCUGUGCAGCUCACGCUACCCGCUCAGCCUGGAGUGCCAGGCUCGCAGCCUCGUUCCUUUACAAUUCAAAUUCCAGCUUCGGCCCUCAACGGUAACAAGCUACAUCAAGUACUCACAGGACCUAUCAUCAAUGCAACUAUUAGUUUGCCACAAACACUAGCGGCCACUCUUCUGCAACAACAUAUAAACUCUGCGCUAGCCGGACAGCAAAACGAAUUUGAUGGUGGUGGGGGUGGUCGUAGUGGUGCUGCUCCGUUCUCAUUAGACGGAGCCCUGGAUUCAUCAGAUGAUGAAGGAUCCAAUGUUGGGGAUGGUUCAGAAGAUGGUGCAGGUGAUGAUGACGAGGACGAGGAGUCUGCGGAGGAGCGGGCGGAGGAGGAGGAGGAGGAGCGCGACGAGAGCGGUGGCGCGGAGGAGGAACCUCUCAACUCUGGUGACGACGUGUCUGAUGAAGAACCCGGUGACAUGUUUGACACUGAUAAUGUGGUUGUCUGCCAAUAUGACAAGAUAACUCGUAGUCGUAACAAGUGGAAAUUCUACCUAAAAGAUGGCAUUAUGAAUUUAGCUGGGAAAGACUAUGUCUUUCAAAAAGCAAACGGCGACGCAGAGUGGUGAAUAUUUCUCAAAAUGAAAGACCAAUUGUGUGUAUUUUUCUAUCAAUGGUGUAAUUAAUUUGUUAAUACGUCUCUUGCCUGUUAUUUAGAGUGUAAUUAAAAGAGAUUCAUAAAGAUGAUGUUAUCUUAUAUCUAUGUUAUUAAUUACACCUGGUCCCCAUUGACCAAAUUUACAUGUAGAGACGAAUUAUUAUUGGUAUGGAACACUGUGUGAUUCAAUUGUAAUGGAACUCAAAAUAGGCUUUAACAAUAUCUUUUACACAAAGAAAUUGUUCAUUUACUUUUAUUUUUCAAUUACGUAAUUGUGUAAUGCAAACAAUUUUGCGAUAUCAGGUGCUACCUAUUAAACUGCUGUGUUUUUUUACAGAAUUCACAAAUAUUAAAUACACAUUUUUAAGAUAACUUUUUCUAGCUAGGUAUUCGAUAAUUUUAAUCUUUGGUUUACAGAUAAAUUCAAACUUAAAGUAUUAAAUUCAUUUUAAAAACAAAACAAGUUAAACCUCUGAAUUGAUGGAUUUUAUUUAACUUUCUUUCUAUACAAAACAGCAAUUUCAUAUGAUAGCACCUAAUACAUAAUACCAUUGAAACAUAUUAGUAACAAAAAUAUUGUUUUGUAGUAACAAAUAUGAAACAAUUUAUGUUGUUGAAUUUACCUGUGCUUUCCCUUAUGGAUAAAACUGCCUUUAAUCAACAUAUGGAUUGCUUCAUCUAGAAAAUUAUUUACAAUACCAUACUUUGGUGAUGGUUAAAUAUUGUAACCUUUGAUAUUAGAUAUAACAAAUCAUUGGGUAUGUGUAAUUGCUGUAUGUAUUGAUGUGAUUUGCUAUUUUAGCUUCACUUAAGUUGAUAUUAAAUGUAUUAUCUGACAUUCACUAUACAAUAAUGGAACUACAAAUAGAACCUUGUGCCAUAUGCCAAACCCCAAAAAUAACUAAGCAAUUUUGGAAUGAUAAGUUAUCAUGUUUAAUUAAUAUGAUCUAUUCAUUUAUUCUGCGCAUGUGCCUAUGAUGUAUGUUAACAGGAUGAGUUAACACAUUAUGAUUCUUGCAUAUUCAUACUACCCUAUUGUAAGCUGAAGCAUGAAACAAACUGUUAUCUGUAUAGUUACUUGGUGAAGCUGAAUAGCAUAUAACAAAGUGUUGGUGAUUGUCGUAAGUCAUCUGUCAAGACAAUUUAUUCUAUUUUCCCGGUCCUUUUAAGAUUUAAUUUGCAUCUACUUUAAUUAAUUUUGUUGCUGAAAUAUUUAGUUGUGUAUGGAAUAUUUUCGUAGGUUUAUCAGAUUAUUAAUUGAUUAAUUAUCAUUCUUAGUAUACAAUUGAUAUAGAUACCUAUCUGUAAUUUAAUUGAAGCAUUUUAGUUUUAAAUAACAUUCACAAUCCUUUUUCAUUUUAGCAAAUCUGCUUAUUACUAAUUGACAUAAUUACUCCGAAGCAAUUGGCAGCAGGAGCCUUGUUUAGUGUAUUUUCGUCUUCUUAUUUGCUCAAAAGCUAAUUGUUGCUAUUUAAAUCUGUUUCUUCCGUCACUAAGUUAUUAAAAUAUUGUGAUAUGAAUACUUAGUAGUAAUUAUGUUUAUUUGUAAAAAAAAAUAUUUCCAAUAUCUAAAAUAAGGCAUACCAACUAUUUUUUUCUUUGAUAAAACAACAGUAAAUUAUAUUUAGCUACUUCUCAAAUUUAAAUGUAAGUUACAUUAUGUUUUGUUUUAAUCACCUAAAUAAAAAGUAUGACGAAAAUGGUAAUAAUAAAUAUGUUGCAUUAUGUUGUUUUUUAAUAAAAUAAAUAAUAGAA